UGUCAGUGGGAUGUUUCCCUUUCAUGUCUCCCUCCUGGGUUGUAUUUUGGACAAGGGAGUAGACAGUGUCUCCAAAUCAGUCUGUGUCAUGUGGGUUUCCUCUUUGCUUUGUCUCUCCUUGUUCCCAUCUCUAGUUUAUUGUCACUGGGCAUAUGGGGAGAAUCUGCCUUAGAUUUGCACAUUUUUCUAUGAUGAGGUGUCUGCUAGCAUGAUAAUUCUGGGCAUAAUUCUGUAGCAGUCUCUCUUGGUUUUAAUCUGUUUUAGGCUUUGCUGUAGUGUUUUUAGCAUCACUAUCUUGGGUGGGGUUGUUUGCUCCAUUGAACUGGAGAUGAAUAUUGGCAUGUCCAGAACAGGAUCAUGAUCUAGGAGUGGGUUAUAUUUGUUAGCUGAUUUUAGCUUUUCAUCCUCUACUAUUCUGCUGUGGAGGAGAUGUUUAUUAUUGUAAUUGAGAUGGUGCCAGAAGUUGAAUAGUCUUCUGUGUGUGGAUUAGGAGGGAGUUUGUACUGAUGAUCUGUGCCAGCUGCUGUGGUGUAGUUGAUAAGUAAGGGCCCAAACCAUUUUCUCCUAUAUAGUAGGAUGAGUUAGAUUAAGUUCUCAAGUAACUGGAGUCACAAUUUUCCAAUAAAAUCACAAUUCUUUAACGGCUUAUAAAUUCUUCAGAGGGCUUUUUUUCAGAUGCUUUUAUUGCUGUUGUGAAGUUCCCCAAAUGCUUUUAUUUUGGAUGCCUAGGUAUGUAUAAUUCAAUGUAUUCUGUUUCUACAUUCAGAAUGUUGGCUGGCUGUUUUUUUGAAAGUAUAUGGGGAGAGAUUGGGGUUGCUGGGUUUUUUAUUGUCGCAGUCUGCAGAUAACUCAUGUGAUGGCAGUAUAUUUCUAAAGCAUAUCGAUUAUUAUUUGGGUGAUAGUAUGAUUAGAUCAUCCUUUUAUAGAAUCAUGGUUUUCCUACUGAGUGGGUUAGUGGAAAUCCCUGGUUUGAUGGCCAUUUCAGGAAGGUUGGUACAUUCCAUAAGAGCUGCCAUAAUAGGUCAGACAGAUAGUCCAUCUAGCCUAGUAUCCUGUCUCCAACAGUUGCCCAUACUAGAGCUUCUGGGAAGUGUACAGAACCGGGCAGUUAUGGAAUGAUCUGCUCUUCUCUUGCACUGCCGGCUUCUUGCAGUUGGUAACUGGCCAGAUGUAGCAGAGACAGAAGAUACCUGCUUCUCUGUUCCAGGCCCCUCUAUCCUCAAACAUGGCUGGUGGCAUUACCGACACAGGGGAGCUGUACUCUCCUUACGUCGGCCUGGUUUACAUGUUCAACCUUAUUGUUGGGACGGGAGCCCUAACCAUGCCGAAGGCCUUUGCCACCGCUGGCUGGCUCGUCAGCCUCAUUCUCAUAAUGUUCCUGGGCUUCAUGAGUUACAUGACUACAACAUUUGUGAUGGAGGCCAUGGCCGCUGCUAACGCCCAGUUGCAAUGGAAGAGAAUGGAAAAGCACAAGGAAGACGAUGAUGAAGAUUCUUCCUCUGGGGUCUCUGAUAGUGACAUUCUCCUCCCAGAUGGCUAUGAACGAUCAGAGACACGGCCUAUCCUGUCAGUUCAGAGACGUGGCUCACCCAAUAUCUUUGAAAUCACUGAAAGGGUGGAGAUGGGUCAGAUGGCCUCUAUGUUCUUCAAUAAAGUGGGGGUCAACUUGUUUUACUUCUGUAUAAUCAUCUACCUCUAUGGGGACCUAGCGAUCUACGCAGCUGCUGUGCCAGUCUCGCUCAUGCAGGUGACCUGCAGCGUAACUGGCAAUCACUCCUGUGGUGUUGGAGAUGGCACGAAGUAUAAUGAUACAGACAAGUGCUGGGGGCCAAUCAGGCGGAUUGAUGCUUACAGACUCUAUCUGGCAGCAUUUACUCUACUACUGGGUCCUUUCACCUUUUUUAAUGUCCAGAAAACCAAGUAUCUGCAGAUCAUGACAUCCCUGAUGAGAUGGAUAGCUUUUGUCGUCAUGAUUAUUUUGGCCCUCAUCCACAUCGGCAAGGGUGAAGGGGAAGGUCACCCACCCCUGGCGCAGCUCUCGGGGAUCCCCAACCUCUUUGGGGUGUGUGUCUACUCCUUCAUGUGCCAGCACUCACUGCCGUCCCUCAUCACUCCAAUCUCCAAGAAGCAACAUGUAAACAAACUGGUGAUGCUGGAUUACAUCUUAAUAUUGGGUUUCUACAUCCUCCUGUCCUUCACGGCCAUCUACUGCUUCCGCAAUGAGACCCUCAUGGACAUGUACACGCUCAAUUUCACCAACUGUAAUAUCACCAACAUCGCCUUCAUUCGUUACUUCCUGGGCCUCUUUCCUGUUUUCACUAUCAGCACUAACUUCCCGAUCAUCGCUGUGACCCUGCGGAACAACUGGAAGACCCUCUUCCACCGGGAAGGUGGGACGUACCCAUGGGUGGUGGAUAGGAUUGUCUUUCCAGCAAUCACUCUGAUUCCCCCUGUGCUGGUGGCUGUCUGCACACAUGAUUUGGAGUCCUUGGUGGGCAUCACGGGAGCCUAUGCUGGCAAUGGGAUCCAGUACAUCAUCCCAGCUUUCUUGGCCUACUGUAGUCGGAAGGACACUCGGCUGAUCUUUGGCAGUGGCACAGUCAAUAACCAUCUGUCCCCUUUCCGGCACAUCUUCUGGAUCUGGUUCGUGCUGCUCUGGAGUCUUUUCUGCUUUGUGUUUGUGACUGCAAAUAUCAUCCUGAGUGAGACAAAACUCUGAUGAUGGGGCAGCAGCACUCUUCAUCCAGGGCUCUGGAGGAGAUUCCAGGAUUUUCAGCUCCUGUUUCAGACUCAGUUAACAAAAACCCAACAACCUGGUCUUCGCAAGCCAUCAGCUUGUUGAUGCAGGUUUGAUCUGGACGUGAGGACUUUUUAUCCCCUCUUCACCUUGGAUGCUGAUGUAACUUGCUCAGCCUCCUUUUGAUUCAGGUUCUCAGACUGAUCAUGCAAAGCCAGGGUUGGGAGCUCUCAGAAGGCCUCCAUGGUUAUUCAGUGUCUGACCAUUUCUGCCUUGAGUUGGGGGAGCUCCGUUACAGAGCAUCUUCCUCUCUGUCCAGGAGCAGCCUCCUUACGGCGCUGCAGGUUUCGGCACAUAGAAGGCUGUCUGGACUGCAUCCGCUCCCCAUGAGAGCUGGACAAAUAUCUCUGCCAGAGACAGGGAACUAUUAUAGCUGCUAACACAAUCCAACAGCAGUUCUCUGGAGUGAUCCACUUACCCCUCACUAAGGAAGUAGCAGACUUUUUUGUUUUCUGUUAAAGAAUUUCAGGUGCAUGGUGAGGGAACCGGUUAACUAGGGAUGACAACUGGUGGCAUGUCUGGAGGAUGGGUGAGGAGACUGUAGAAAGCAAUGGGCUUCUAUGUGGAUACUGUGACUGAUCCUGUUACAAGUCUUUCUCACGGUUUCUCCAUUUCUGUUACUACCUUUUCAGAAAACAUUGGCCUUUGUUUUAUUUGCAGUGUGGUCUAUGGGGUAGAACGUGUGGACUCAAUGUGUCUGGAUUAGCUCAUUUGCCUGUUUGAUAAGAUUACGCCAACACUUGGUCCUGGAGUUCUGCUCCUAACUGCUUUUUCUGGUUGCCUUAACUUUCCCUCCCAAGGCAAACCCAUUCUGCAGGGCUCUGGAUCCCAGUCUCUUCCGCACUUCGUUAGCUCUUUGGUGCUGCUAAGUGGCGUCAGCUGUCAGAGCAGAUCUCACAAGUGCUGAAGCAGCAGGGAAGACUAUGGACACAGCAGUCAGGAUUUGUGUGGCCUUGGGAGGUGCUAAUUACCUGUCGGUGACCUGCGUUAGACCCUCGAGCACUUGCUGGGCAUACUGACAUUUCCAGUCUCUUGCUCUGGGUAAUUAGCCUUGAAACUCAGGAGAAUGUAGUGCCAGCUGGAGAAUUCAGCAGUACCCCACUCACUGUGCCUGUCUCAGAGAAAUAGAGCUCAGAAGUAUAAGCAGAGAGAGUAAAAACAUGGGAGGAAGCUCUGGAAAUGGUCCAUAACGCUAUUAUCCUGCUUCUAACUUCUCCCUCUGCCUAGGGUUAAGAAUUUUUCUUGCAUCUGUUUGAGACAGAGUUUAAGAAUCAUCAGCCCUCCAAAAAUUCCACUUUAGCACACCUUACCCCAGCUUACAGGCUGAGAGACACUUCUCUUCUUGCAGGAGAACUGUCUACUGUAUUGGACACAGACAGUCUUUUGAGUAAAUCUGUGCUGUUGGGGCUGCUAACGCUCUUACUGCAAAGUGACACGUUUAUUAUUCUAGCAAGCUGAGGGCUCAGGGUCAAAGGUCAUACAAUAAAGGCUUUAAUACCAGGAGGCAGAAUGUUUACUCUUAAACUUUUUACCUUAAAUAUUUUAAAACAUUUCCCCUCCCUGUGAUUAAGCCAGGUUCAAAGACAGCUGCCAGUCUCUGGCAUUAUAUACCCUGCUCCCAGUGCUACUGCUAUAUUGAAUGUCACUUUUCACCAACGGUGAGCUUGGGCAUGCAGUCUUUUUUUUUUUUAAUCAAGCUUUCUUUUUAAUACAAGUUUCAGGUUUCUAUGUGACGUGAAGCACUUCCUGCCAUGGAAACAUUCAGAUGGCUGGGGCUAUGCAAAAGCAGCUUUAUUUUAAAAGCAGGAGGGGAAAAACCCCUCACCUCCUUAAGCGAUGUGAAGAUGUCCUUGAUCAUUGUGUAAACCAGGAUGUGCCAGUUGGGUGGAGGGGAGUUGGUUCCAGCAUAAUAAACCUCCCAUCCCCUCUCCUCCCGAUCAUAAACAGUAUUUGGCAGCCCUUGCUGGUGCAAGUUACCUAUGCGGCCUGGUGUAGUUACCUGCGCAGCCUGAGUGCUACAAGGAAGCUAAUUUGGCUCUUUUGGUGCCAGGUUACUGAGUGGGCUCUGAGAGUGAAUUGCUAAGCCCGAUGCUCUGUUCUGGGUUAGGGAGAACAAAAACGCAGAGAGGCAGUUUGGAGGGCAAAUCCAUAGUACAGCUGAGUUCGGAGCCACCUGUGGGGAGUAGUGAAGGAGUUUGCACCUGCUUCCUUCGGUUGCUCAUUCUCACGGUUGUUAUGUCUAACAGCCAGGAAUGGGACAGAUCGCAGACGUCGUGGCAGGGCACACUGGGCCCUUCGGUUCUUGUACAGCACAGGGGCAGGCACUGGUAGGAAUAGGUUUUGCCCAUUUGCAGCAAAGAAAUUAGCCUGUGACGGUCUUUCUGUCCGUCUCAGUCCCUCAAAGCAGUGAGCUGAUUUUCUCGCCUUGUGUCCCACAGCACCAGACCAGACCACGUCAUCCCCAAGUGUCCAGAAGCUAACAGGCAAUUUUAAUUAGCUGUUUAUUUCUUCUCUGCUCCAGGGCUGCCAAAUGCUCAAAGACCCUGCUCUCCUUUUUCCUCGCCCACCCUUGGCCUGUCCAGGUCAGUGAGCAGAGUUGCUAGCAAACCUCUGCUCUGAGAGUGAGCCUGUCUCCACCGAGCGCUUUCCUUGGUACAACUGCAAACAUCAAGUUCCAUAUAGUGUGCAGAAGCUGCUGGCCCGGAGCCUGGGAACUGGGCCUGAGGCAGCAUAGCUUGGUUCAUGAUCUUAUGGCAAGCACAGUCUACAACUACAGUGACCCUCCCACCACCAGGAAAUUUCCCCUUUCCAGCCCGAAAAGGUCCAGCCAUGGUGUUUGUCAAAGCACAAGUGCAUGAUGUCCUGUUUUGAACUACAAACCAUGGUACUGCUUCCCUUUUUCCCCACUAACCCCUUCUUGCAUGGGCACCUGAGAUUCCACAGCUGUCUGCCUUUUGACGGGCAGAAUUGGCUUUAAUGGACUUCAGUUACAAUGUGCCUUUUCUUCUCUGGCAUCGAUGAACUCCCCUCCUGAGAAGCUUCCUUUGGAAUGCUGCACAAGAGUGGUUUCCGUGGGGCUCCUUUGUAAGCUGUGAACAGAUAUAAACCAGCCUUGAUCUGAGAUGUAGCUUAACAGCAAGGGAUAUCUGGCUCAUUGUAGAAUGGAUGUCUUGCCUGGCGCUCCACCAGGGAAUGCUCUCCUUGCUACACAUGAAAAGCAACAUCGGAGAGACUUUCCAGACACGUGCUGUCCUCAAUCAGUGAAAGAAUCAACCCUCCCAAUGGGAGACACUCCACAAUGAGGAAGGCGGAGGAGAACAUUUUUCAUUUAAAAUGUGAAACAAGAAAUGCCUCAAAAAGUUGAAGGAAAACAGGGAGUUGGAUGGAUCGAGCCAGAGCAAAUAUCUCAGCUUGGUCCCUGCCCAUCUCAUUAGAUGCAGAGCUAGCAGGGGGCAGAAGGGGUCCAGUUGGUGUCCUGGCUUGGUGUGGCAUGAUAACUCGUCUCCUGUCUGGUUUAAGAAUGAGAUAUUUUUAAAUGGCUAUUAUGACAGGGGUUUGUUUUGAUCCUCACCACACCGUACUCAGCUUAUCCCAGUGUGUAAUUAUUUCUCCAGAAGGCAUACAAAUAAAGCGCACAUUCUGCA